GGGGCGCGCUAAAGCUUUAUCGAAGAGCUUUGGAAAACAGCCGGCAGUUGCGACCCGCUCACUUAGUUUCUAGACGGCGGAGAAAACGCUUCUGAUCCGAAGGCGGCUCUCCAGGAAUUUAAGGCAUCUAGAUCCAGAUCCAGACCGGGGAAUCCGAGGACCUUACUCCGCCAUGGCGUCUACCGCGAGUGUAAAGCUGAUUGUUUACGCCCUGGACGUACUUUGCACGUUGCUGGCCUUGGUGCUUAUAUCCUUUGGCAUUUAUGUGGUGGUGUCCUAUGAUCUGGACGAUAUCGGAAAAGUAUCGGCCUACUCUUACGUGGGACUCGGAAUCGCUGCCCUGGUGGUGGUGCUUUGGGGAUAUCUGUCGGCUUGGCGGGAGAAUGUGUGCUGUACGGUCACGUUUAUUGUUUUCCUCUGCCUGGUCAUAAUUGCUCAGUUCGCCGUUGUCUACGUGCUGAUCACCCAGGAGAAGGCGGUGGCCUCCAACCUGGCCAACGCUUUGGAGGCCACCUGGGAGGAGGAACUGAACAGUCCCGGUGCUAUGUCGCUCUACCAGAACUGGUUCCAGUGCUGUGGUCGUGGCAGUCCCCAGGAUUAUAUUGUCAACGAACGUCUGCCUCCGGAUACCUGUUUCCGGAACCACGACAAGAGCAAGCCGGAGAAUCUGAUCCACACCGGUUGUCGCGUGGAGUUCGAGAACUACUGGCUGCGCUUGACCCACAUUUUCAACAUCCUUGCCCUCGUGCUCAUUGCCAUCGAGCUCCUGCUCAGUGUCAUCUCUUGCCGUCUGUGCAACAGCAUUCGCAAUGAUGCCCGCCGUUCUUACUUUUAAAAAGAGAAGCCCCAAAAUACUCAAUUAUGAACACGUCUAAGGAUUGGCGGUCAACUUGUUAAAUUUGUAAACAAUAUUACACCUUUAUUUAAUUGGUUUGGCACGGCUUGAGCGAUGUUCAAGACUGGAAAAUUACUGUUACAUUUUUUGAAAUUCAAAAGCAUUUGAUCAGCACUACAUGAUAGUAAAGUAUAACCUUACUCACA